AUGAUUCUUAAACAAGGGACUCUAACUAUGUUUAUUUACAUAUUUAUUGUUUUUCAGAAUUGCAUAUAUACUAAAUUUGUCAAUGCUAAUUCAGUUGGAAAACUUGGAUACUAUGAUUAUGAUGAAGGCAAUGUUCGUAAUCGAAAUAUAUCAGGAGGGUUUAAGAAGAAUUUUGAGCCGUUGAAAAAUAACUUUAUCAAAUUCUUUUUAAAUGAUGAAAGUGAAGCAAACUCAGAAACUAUUUAUCAUACUUCUGCCAAUACUCCUUUCAUGGACUUUUCUCAUGGUUCCUUAAUUAAAAAAGUCGUUCCAAAAUCCGAGAAAGUAUGUUCUUCUAUUCAACUCAUGUCAUUCUGGAGACUUUAUAGUGAUGUUAUUGAUUUAGUUGAGUCUGAGUUAAUUAAUACCUUUAACUCAAAUCUAGUACAUAAGACAAUUCCUAGAGAACUUUGUGAAAAUAACCAGGCAUUGACUCAAUCGGAGGGAAUCAGUGAAGAUAUUUCUGAAAAAUUAAAAACGACUCAAUUUAGUUUUAACUCAACCAAAAACCAUUUUUCGUCUCUAAGUAGAACGAAUUCCGAUCAACUUAAAAACGUAACAGAAAACUCUUUAAGAUUUAAAAAAGACACAAAUAAGGUCAAAGAGAAGUCAAGUCAAACUGAGAGCAAUCGUACUAAUAAUAAAAGACAAAGAAGAAGUCAUAAUAACAAAAAAUCAACUUUCCAAUUUGGUGUUCACAAAUAUUUUCAUAUUAACUAA